CCUCAGAACCGAUGCUUCUCGUACCCUUCUAAUUCCCAAUCUUCCUCUCUUCUCCUUACCCUUCUUCUCCUAAUUCCGAUUUUCUCCAUUUCCCCGCCAAUUUUCCUCAACCUCUUUUCAAAUUCCUCUUCCUUCACCCUCUAUCCACUAAACUCCCCAUCUUCUUUUUACGAUCCACAUCUUGAUGUUCUGAACCCUCGCUUCAGUGGCUUUUUGAGCUCCCCUUUUAUUUUUCAUUUCAUUUUUUUUCAGAUCCUAAGACUAUGGUUGGACACCCUUUUGGGAAAAGGUGAAAGCUUUCAGUUUCAUCAUAGACCUGGCAUGAUUUAGUGUACGUAACCAUCAAAUUGUACAUUCAUUAUGUAUUGGAGAUAGAAUACUUGAAGAAAGGAAAGAAAAGUAAAAGCCUUGGAGAAAUAGCUGUCUUGUUUCGUAUGCUCUUUGUAAAGUGGUUACUUGUGUGAUCUUCAGUUAUUUUAUUUGUAGCUUUAUGGUGAUGCUUACAAUUCAGGGCUUUUAAUAUUCAUGUGCAGGACAGAGCACUAAUAUGGUUUAUCUGAAUUGUCUUUGGUUAUCCGCUGGAUGUUGCAGCAGUGUCUCAACCAUAAAGCAGUUAUUUGUAUAGUAAGCUGAGCAGUGGUUCUUCUUCUUGUGGUCAUAUAUAGUGAUUUAUAUCUUCAAUGGCUAACCACGAUUUGAUACUUGGUCAAAGUCACAAUUUAGCACUUAGCCAUGACCAGCAAUUGGUGCUAGGUCAUAAUCAUAAUUUGGGCCUCAACCAGAACCAUGCGUUGGAACUGGGACCAGCCCAUGAGCAUCAUUUGGGUCUGGGACAAACCCAUGAUCAUGAAGUGGGCUUGGGAGAUGCCCAUGACCAUGAAUUGGGGUUAGGACAGAACCAUGAUCAUGAAGGUGAUGAUGGCCACAUUUAUGAGCAUGAGCAUGAGUUAGCCAUGGAUCGAAAAUCGGAGCAUGAUGACCAUGAGUUGCCCCUUCCUGGACAAAAUCACGAAUUGGUCCUAUUAGAGAACAAUGAUUUGACUGUUUCAGAUGACCAAGAACUUGAUGAGAACAUGGAUCUAGCUGUGGUUCAGAACCCAGAAAUGGGUAUUGAUUCUGCCGAUGUUUUGGGUGUUGAACAUUCACAGCUUGUUGUUCCUUCCACACCCCCUGUAAUUCAGGCUCGUACACUUGCCAUAAGUCCUAGUUAUGAAUUGUCAGUGGGGCAAGAAUUCCCUGAUGUCAAGAGUUGCCGAAGGGCAUUGAGGGAUACAGCAAUUGCUCUGCACUUUGAGAUGCAGACUAUAAAAUCUGACAAGACUCGCUUUACUGCUAAAUGUGCGAGUGAAGGAUGUCCCUGGCGCAUUCAUGCAGCAAAACUUCCAGGGGUUCCAACUUUUACUAUUAGGACAAUCCACGAGAGUCAUACAUGUGGAGGAAUUUCUCAUCUUGGCCAUCAGCAAGCUUCAGUUCAGUGGGUUGCUAACUCUGUGGAGCAAAGGCUGAAGGAGAACCCUAAUUGCAAGCCAAAGGAGAUAUUGGAAGAGAUUCAUAGGGUUCAUGGUAUCACCUUAUCGUACAAGCAAGCAUGGAGAGGCAAGGAGCGUAUCAUGGCUGCAAUGCGUGGAUCUUUUGAAGAAGGGUAUCGCUUGCUUCCACAAUACUGUGAACAGGUGAAACACACAAACCCAGGCAGUAUUGCAUCUGUUUAUGGAAAUCCAACUGAUAAUUGCUUUCAACGUCUAUUCAUUUCCUUUCAAGCAUCUAUAUAUGGCUUUUUAAAUGCUUGUCGGCCGCUCUUGGGGCUUGAUAGAACAUAUUUAAAGAGCAAGUAUCUCGGUACAUUACUUCUUGCUACUGGAUUUGAUGGUGACGGGGCUCUCUUUCCUCUGGCAUUUGGUGUUGUUGAUGAGGAGAAUGAUGAUAAUUGGAUGUGGUUUCUGUCAGAACUUCAUAACCUGCUUGAGAUUAACACUGAAAACAUGCCAAGACUUACUAUUUUGUCCGAUAGACAGAAGGGAAUUGUGGAUGGAGUGGAAGCAAAUUUUCCCACUGCUUUCCAUGGAUUUUGUAUGCGUCACUUGAGUGACAGCUUCCGUAAGGAAUUUAAUAACACUAUGCUUGUUAAUCUUCUAUGGGAAGCAGCCAAUGUUCUUACUGUAAUUGAAUUUGAAGCAAAAAUUUUGGAGAUCGAAGAGAUAUCACAAGAUGCUGCAUAUUGGAUUCGAAGAAUACCACCUCGUCUGUGGGCAACUGCUUAUUUUGAGGGGCAAAGGUUUGGUCAUUUGACGGCUAACAUGGUUGAAUCCUUAAAUAGUUGGAUAUUGGAGGCAUCUGGGUUUCCGAUAAUUCAAAUGAUGGAAUACAUUAGGAGGCAACUAAUGACUUGGUUUAAUGAGCGGCGAGAGACCAGCAUGCAGUGGACAUCAAUACUUGUACCUUCUGCUGAGAGACGUGUUGCGGAGGCUCUUGAACGUGCACGCACAUAUCAGGUUCUUCGUGCCAAUGAAGCUGAAUUUGAAGUUAUAUCUCAUGAAGGAACAAAUAUAGUUGAUAUUAGGAACCGUUGUUGUCUAUGUCGUGGGUGGCAGCUCUAUGGUUUGCCUUGUGCACAUGCUGUGGCAGCACUUCUCUCAUGCAGGCAGAAUGUACAUAGAUUCACAGAAAGCUGUUUUACAGUUGCAACUUAUAGGAAGACAUACUCACAAACCAUACAUCCAAUUCCUGAUAGGUCUCUAUGGAAGGAGUGGGGUGAGGGUGGUGAUGCUAAUGCUAGCCAAGCUGUUGAAGUUAUUAUUAACCCUCCUAAGUCACUCAGGCCACCUGGAAGACCAAGAAAGAAGCGAGUUCGUGCAGAAGACCGUGGACGUGUUAAGAGGGUAGUGCAUUGUAGUCGUUGCAAUCAAACAGGACACUUUAGAACCACUUGUGCUGCUCCAAUCUAAUAAAAUUGGACCACCUUUAGUUAGUUAUGGUAUGUUCCCUCUCUGUGAAAGGGUUCUUGUUUAUUAUUUAUUUAGGUUUGAUAGCUUACACUGGCUACUAAAUGAUGUAUUUUAUUUACUUUACAUUAAUUUGUACCAGAUACUCUAUGUGUAUAUACUCCAAUAAUUGGCAGUGUUCAAUA